AAAGUAUGCAUUAUUAAAUGUGUUCUUAAAAAAAGAUUUAAAAAAAAUGGUCCAAACCCAUAACCACUCCCACAACAUAUCUCUACAUUGGCUCCACUCUUACCUUCUUUUUCUUUUUUCAUAUUAAAAAAACCCAUAUAGAGUAUAGCAUUGUUUCUGGUAGAUUACCCAAAAAUUCUUAACGUUCAAUGCAUGUCAAUGUCUUUUUCUCUCUCAAUUGAAUAAAUAGUCAAUUAACCAAAAAGAAUAAUUCUUCUGUUUGAUCAAAAUUUUUCUACAACGUCUCUCUUUAUUUAUGCUCAAUUACGUCUUUUCCUCCCUCCCCCAACCCUUCUUUUUGAUACAACCCAAUUCUCUCUCUCCCUCUGUCUCUCUGUUUCUCUGUCUUUACCUUCUUUUUUUCUGAUUUACAGAAUUUGAUUAGAAUGAGAGAAGUGUUUCGCCCAAUGGAUCUUUGUGUAAUGGAGGAAAGAAGAGGGAUGAUGUCAUCAUCUGUGCCAUUAUUAUACGGUGAAGCAGCUACAACUACAAGCAGCAGUAGUUGUACCAGCAGCGAGAGUGAUGAACAGAGUCCUCUAAAUUCCGACAGAUUUGAGUUUGAUGCUGAUCUUAAAUUCAGGAUUCCGAGCAAGCCCAUUUCGGGUUUCUACUCGUACAAAUCGCUGGCGGUUCUUUCCGGCCAUGUGGGAUCAGUUUCUUGCUUGGCCUUAUGUGGUGAAUUCAUACUGAGCGGGUCACAAGGGAAAGAUAUUAUAGUGUGGCAACAGCCUGAUAUGAGGCAGUUUACGAAAUUCGGAACAGGGGAAGGGUCGGUGAAGGCGCUGGUUAGUGUGGGGAAUAAGGUCUUCACUGCGCAUCAAGACAGUAAGCUUAGAGUUUGGAAGGUUUCAAGAAGUUCAGAGAAUGUAUUCAGGCUUCUUGAUACUCUUCCGACCACUAAGGAUUAUCUUGGGAAGUUCAUGAAACAGAGUAAUUAUGUCCAAACCAGGCGGCAUCAUAAGCGACUUUGGAUCGAACACGCGGAUAGUAUAUCUUGCUUGGCUGUGCAUAAUGGACUAAUCUACUCUGGUUCAUGGGACAAGACACUUAAAGUGUGGAGGGUUUCGGAUUUCAAGUGUCUGGAAUCGAUUAAAGCUCACGAUGACGCGAUUAACGGAUUGGUUGCCAGCAAAGGGAUUGUUUAUUCAGCGUCCGCAGACGGUAAAAUCAAGGCUUGGGGCAGAGAAGGAGGGAAGAACAGCAACACGCAUCAUUCGCUUAAGGGAAUCUUGGAAGGCCACAAGGAUGUUUCGUUGAAUUCUGUGAUUGUUUCCGAGGAUGGAAGCUCUGUUUAUGGCGGUGGCUCAAAUGGGUUCAUAAUGGGGUGGUUGGCAAACAAAGAAUUUGAUAGUUGGAAGGUAAGUUGUGAAGUUAAAGCGCAUGAAAUGGCUGUUUUGUGUAUGAGUUUAACAGGGGAUACUUUGUGCGUUGGAUCGGCUGAUAGAAGUAUAAGCAUCUGGAAAAGAGAGAUUCAUGGCGGAUUGUUUCGAUUCGGGAUCAUCAAAGGUCAUCAAGGUCCUGUCAAGUGUUUGCAAGCGUCUCCGAGCCGGGUGGGAGAUGGAUUCAUGCUCUACAGUGGAAGUCUUGACAAAAGUUUGCGAGUUUGGUGGAUUCCUAAGUACUCUGUUGGAACAGAGGACGAUGUUUCCUGAGUAUCAUUUCGACCGAAUAAUAAGUAAUAUUCCAUCCGUCUCAUAAUAAUAGUGGUUUUUUUAAGUAGUAGUAAAUUGUGACGAUGUGUUAUGGGACAGGUAAGGCACUGAACCCUUUUAAAUUUGGUGCCUGUUCAGUUCUAUGGUAUUUGUUUCAGUUUUGUGUAUCCUAUGGAAAAAGGAGGGCAAAAUAUGCUCUUACUAGAAGUUUUGAAGUUUGUUUGUUUGUUUGUUUUUUUUUUUCCAGGAGAAGAGUUUGUAAUUUGUUAUUAUUAUUAUUAUUUUUUCUUGGGAUUCAAGAACUAUAUGACUUGUAAAAAGAGUUUAGAGAGCAGAGUGAAAGAAGAGUUGGGGGUUGUUGUAUUCUUUCAUACUAGUGUGGUGUAAUUUGGAUGUAAUUAUACUGAAGAAGUUUUGUAAGUUAAUGGAAAUCUGAUUUUUUUUGUUCUUUAAAGUUUCCUUCCCUUGUACAAAGGAAGUACGAUUUUUGCCUUUUUUUUUCUUCUUUUUCUGUAAUAGCAAAAGUACAUGUUUAGUGGAAUUUGGUGGAUCCUACGUGUUGAUAAAGUAACAAUAUACGAG